AGAAAAUUAUUUAGAGAAUAAAUUACUAGAGACGCCAUCCGCACGAAAAGUAAGUGUUAGCAUAUUUAGAACCAUGAGUAUGAAAAGACUAUCAAGAAAUAAUUAUGCAGUGACGAAAAAACAGUAUUACUCAUUGGCUAAUAUGGUAAUUAUUUCGGCAAACACGAGAGACAACUUCGAACAUAUUUCGAUCUUAUUAUGCUCUCAUUAGCAAAGUGUAGACGUCAUAUAUUUACUUGGUGAACACCCUGUCUCUACUUCAGCAAGUACCAUUUCUUGCUACUGCUCUCAAAUUUAUAUCUUAAAAAACAAAAAAGAGUUUAAGAGACAUGAUGCAAAUGAGUUUUGAGAAGUUUGCCCAAAUGGCCAGCGAAAGAGAAGAGAUGAGCAGUAUUCCCAAGCAAGUGUGGAUGACGGACCACAAAAGUAAACAGCAGAAAGAAUUCAGAGACAAACAGACAGAACUGCAGCAUCAGGAGAGGAAACCAUUUAAUAAUGGCAAACAGGAGUCAAUGAGCUUUAAAGCUAUCGAAAAAGCCAUAAAAUCCCGCGAACAGCAACGGUCUGAGAGAUUUACAAAAACUCAAGAAAAACGACUUCAUGAUGUUGAAAAAUUGAUCCAGAGUUUUCAGUCUGACCAAGCGAAGAUCAAGCAGCAGUAUUCUCUUCCAAAAUGGCCUUCAUACAGUCACUCUAAAAGAACUAUUGUCUCACCAAAUUCCUCCAAAUCAUCAUUGCACUCAAAGAAUUUAAUGACAACCAGAACUAUUCAUACACCAGAAGCUUAUAACACAUCAAGAGUACAAGAAAGCAAGAGACCACACUUGCAGUCUGCAAACCAAAGUUUUUUCAGUCUAGAACAUCCACGUAACAAGGUACCGCAACCAAAUUCUCCAACUGAAAGUUCUUCUAAUUACGUUGCAACGGUUUCUGAUAAACCUAAUUCAUCGAAAACCAAAGAUAUUAGUCGUGUUCUCUCAUCAGACAAACCAUAUCAAGAUAUUGUACGAUGCCAGCGACCUGAGAUCACAAGAAAAGUUAUCGUUGCUGACUCCAAGCCUUACAUUCAACGCCUUGCAGACAUCAAACAAGGAAACCUUCAAUCAGCAAAAGUUCACGACAAACCAAAACUUUAUGGAGUAAAGAAAAUACCAACGGAUCAUAGCAACUCUUCAAAAAACCAAAAAGAACAUUUGCAGAAAGGAAACAACUCCAAUCCUCUUCACAAUCAAAGAUAUGAACAAACUUAUACUUUCCAUCAAAGAAUUCCAAGGCACAAACCACUUUCUUAUACCGAAAGACUUCGACAACUCUCAAAUAGAGGUACCUACACCUCGAAAGGAUUUCUAAAUAACACAGUAACACUUAAAAAAGCCACACUCAAUGGUCACCACCCACAGCAGCAAAUCCCAACUCAACACAGAAUGAAAAUGACGCAGGACAAGACCCCUGUCCGACAUCAUCCAUAUGGAGAUUCCCAUCAGAGUCCUGAUGACUAUUUAUCCGAUGUCAGUGAAUGGUCUUUGGAUGACCGCAUCAAAAGCAUUCUUUAUGAAGACAAAAAGACUUCGGAGCAAGAAUUCCCAGAUGAAGGUUCCAACUCAGCAUCUGACUAUUACGAUGAAGUGAUUUCCACCCCACAACUGGAUCCUAUAGAUGUGGUGGCUUCUUUGAGUUCCUGUUCUUUGUCAAGUCAUAUUGACUGGACAGCAGUGGAGAAAGGACUUACAGAACAAAUCAACUCUUAAGAAGGAUUCUCGCUUACCGAAAAGAGAAUAUCAAAAGAUAGAAUCCAUUUUUAAAACAGUCUUUGUUGAUAUUUCCUCAAAAAAUAUUGCUUAGUACACAGAUUUUUUGGUAAAUUCUCAUGUUACAAAGUGACUCAUAGAAUCAACUUACAAAGUGACUAAACUGUAAAUAUAUUCUUAAAAAAAAAAAAGCUUCAUUUUAGUUAUAUCAACUUUUGUAAUAAAAAUUAUCAUUUGUUAAA